UCGAGAGUGUUUUGUUGACGAGGGAAAAGUCAAUGGAUCCUUCAGUGCAUUAUGCAGGUGGAGAUUCUCCUGCACUCAGGCAGAAGAGAUCAGACUCACCAGAGCCCAGCUGUGUGUCCAUGAGCAGUGACACGUCAAAGGAUCUGCCAUUUGCUUUAUUUAAAGGUGGCAGCAAUUCUCCACGCAGGCAGAAGACGUCAGACUCACCAGAGCCCAGCUGCGUGUCCAUGAGCAGUGACACGUCAAAGGAUCUGCCAUUUGCUUUAUUUAAAGGCAGCUUCAACUCUCACCACAGACAGAAGAGACCAGACUCACUGGAGUCCAGCUACGUGUCCAAGAAGAGUGACACAUCAGAGCAUGUUCUGUGUGCUAAAUCUGAAACUGGCAGCACUUCUGAUCACAGCACUAAACUCAAAACAAAGCUGAGGAAGAAGUUUCAACAUUUGCAUGAGGGAAUAGCAAAGCAGGGAAAUUUAGCCCUCUUAAAUGAGAUCUACACAGAGCUCUACAUCACAGAAGGUGAAAAUGGAGAGACUGAUUCGUCUUCCAAGAUUGAAGAAACAGAAGAUACACCAAUCAAUUCUAAUGACAUCUUCAAACCAUUACCUGGACAAGAUCAACCCAUCAGAACUGUGCUGACUAAAGGAGUCGCUGGCAUUGGAAAAACAGUCUCUGUAGAAGUCAUUCUGGACUGGGCUGAAGGGAAAGAAAAUCAGGAUGUCCAUCUCAUAUUUCCACUUCCUUUCAGAGAGCUUAAUUUGCUGAAGGACCAAACAUUCAGUCUUCAAGAUCUUCUACAUUUCAUGGGCACAAAUCAACUUGAAAUCUCUCCAAAUGAUGGUAAAAUCAUUUUCAUCUUCGAUGGUUUGGAUGAGUGUCGUCUGUCUCUGGAUUUUAACAACAGUGUGAAGUUGUGUGAUGUGACUGAAUCAGCCUCUGUAGAUGUGCUGCUGACAAACCUCAUUGUGGGUAAUCUGCUUCCCUCUGCUCUCAUCUGGAUCACCUCCAGACCAGCAGCAGCUGAUCUCGUCCCUUCUAAGUGUGUCCAUCGAGUGACAGAGGUACGAGGCUUAAAUGACCCUCAGAAGGAGGAAUACUUCAGGAAGAGAAUCAGUGAUCAGAUCCUGUCCGACAGAAUCAUCUCACACCUGAAGUCAUCAAGGAGCCUCUACAUCAUGUGUCACAUCCCAGUGUUCUGCUGGAUCUCAGCCACUGUUCUAGAGAAGAUGUUGAGUCAAGCAGAAAUUGGAGAGAUCCCCAAGACUCUCACUCAAAUGUACACACACUUUCUGAUCAUUCAGAUCAAAAUCAAACAUGAGAAGGACUACGAGAAGAAAGUGAACAGUGAAGACUUGAUCCUCAAACUGGGGAAACUGGCUUUCCAGCAACUUAUUUAAGGCAAUCUGAUGUUCUGUGAAGAAGAUCUGAGAGAGUGUGGCAUUGAUGUGAUUGAAGCAUCAGUGUACUCAGGAUUGUGCACUUGUAGAGAGGACUUGCAUCAAAGGAAAGUCUACAGUUUUAUUCAUCUAACCAUCCAAGAACAUCUAGCUGCUCUGUAUGUGCAUCACUCCUUCACGAAAAACAACAUUAACUUGUUUAAUGUUACUGAACCAACAUCUGAAACAAAAAAUAAACAGAUUUUAAUAUUUGACCUACAUAAGAAAGUUGUGGAUGAGGCUGUAAACAGUAAAACUGGACAUUUAGACCUUUUUCUUCGCUUCCUUCUGGGCUUUUCUCUGGAUUCCAAUCAGACUCUUUUAGAAGGUCUUCUGACACAGACAGAAAGCAGUUCCAGAGGAACUUGUUGUUUCCACAAUUUAGAGGAAACAGUCAAAUACAUCAGAAAGAAGAUAGAGGAACAUCCCACUCCAGAGAAAUUCAUCAAUCUGUUCCACUGUCUCAGUGAUCUGGGUGAUUUUUCACUAAUAGAUCAAAUGCUGUGUUAUCUAAACACUAAAUCUCUCACAAACACCCUAUCUUCCUUACAGUGGUCAGCUCUAAUAUUUGUUCUGUUGACUUCAGAGAACUUGGGUGUGUUUAAAUUUAAGAAUUUUGCUUCAGUAAAGGAUUCUGAACAAAUGCUGGUAAUUCUCCUUAAACUACUGCCUGUGAUUGAAGCAUCAACAUCUGUUCAGCUCACUGAGUGUGGAUUGACAGAAGAAAGCUGUGUUCCUCUAGCCAAAGCUCUCUGCUCAGAAGCUUCAUGCGUGAUUGAGCUGAACCUGAGUGAAAACACACUGAAAGAUGAAGGUGUCAAGAUUAUCUCUAAAGGACUGCAGAAUCCUCACUGUAAACUAGAAAUACUGAGGUUGAGGAAUUGUGACAUCACAAAUGAAGGUUGCACUCUUCUGAACUCAGUUCUCACAUCAAAGUCCUCACAACUGAGAGAGCUGGAUCUGUCUGAGAAUAAACUGGGAGACUCAGGAUUGAAGCUGCUUUGUGAUGCACUACUGAGCCCUCAUUGUAAACUGGAAAAUCUGACGCUGCAUGAUUGUGGUCUCACGGAUGAAGGAUGUGCUGCUCUGGCUUAAGCUCUCAGAUCAAACCCCUCACACCUGAGAGAACUGGAUCUGUCUCAUAAUAAUAUAGGAGAUUCAGGAAGAAAGCUGUUCUCUCUUGCUCUAGACAAUCCUCACUGUAAACUGGAAGUACUUAGGUUGAUUGGUUGUGGUGUAACAAAUGAAGGUUGUGCUGCUCUGGCUUCAGCUCUGGCAUCAAACACCUCACACCUGAGAGAAUUGGACCUGUCACAGAAUAGCCUAAAUGAUUUAGAAAUGAUAAUGCUCUCUGCUGGACUGGAGAAUCCUUCAUGCAGACUGGAGAAAUUGAAGUUGGUUAACUGUGGUAUCACAGAUGAAGGUUGUGCUGCUCUGGCUUCUGCUCUGACAUCAAACCCCUCACACCUGAGAGAGCUGGAUCUGUCUGGAAAUAAACUAGAAGAUUCAGGAGUACAGAUGUUCUCUAGUGGACUGCAGAAUUAUUACUGCAAACUGGAAACACUGAGGCUGGUGAGUUGUGGUAUCACAGAUGAAGGUUGUGCGGCUCUUUCUUCAGCUUUGACAUUAAACCCCACACACCUGAGAUGGUUGGAUCUGUCUAAAAAUAAACGAUCAGACUCAGGAAUAAACCUGCUCUCUACUGGACUGGGCAAUCCUCAUUGUAAACUGGAGAUGCUUGGGCUGCAUGAUUGUGAUGUCACAGAUGAAGGAUGUGCUGCUCUGGCUUCAGCUCUCAGAUCAAACCCCUCUUAUCUUAGAGAACUGGAUCUGUCUGAUAAUAAACUAGGAGAUUUAGGAGUGAAGCUUCUAAGUACUGGACUGGAGAACUGUAAACUGGAGAUACUUAAGUUGAAACAUUGUGGAUUCACAUAUGAAGGAUGUGCUGCUCUGGGUGCUCUUCUUGGAUCAGAUCAAUCAUAUCUGAAAUAUGUGGAUCUGUCUGUUAAUAUACUUGAGGAUCUGGGAGUGCAGCUGCUUUCUACUGUGUUUUACUAAGCAUUUUUUAUAUAAAGUGGAAAUAUUCAUGUCAUCAAGACUGAUACACCAAUAAGGCAUAUUGGCUAUUUACUUAUUUUCUUACUUUAUUCAGUUCAGUGGUUAUAUGUGGACCACAUUCGCAGAUUUGAGUAACUUGAAAUAAAUGCCUUGAAUUUAUAUAAUAGCAGUAAUAUUACAUAGCAAGUGUCUCAUUGGUUUUCACUUGAUAACUUUUUAUUCCCCACAUAAGAAAUGAUGAUUGGACCAUAGAGACUGCAGUGUCUCUCAUUUUGCUGCUUUUCAAAUUUAGUCAUAUAGUGUAUUGAUGCCCCUAUUGAAGUCAAAUGGAAGAGUGACUGUUCAGAGGACACAGUGGACUAAAUGUAAAUCGUGUACCAGCAGAGGGUAACAUACAUUUCAUAAAGACAAACACUUAUAGUGAUCUGAGCAGUUAUCCAUCUUUACUAGUGGACCUGGCCUAAAUAAGUUGGACCUCUAUUCUGUGUACUG